AAAUUUCAAGUCGCACAGCACAAGUGAAGACAUGUCCCAAAACGAAUUAGAUUCCAAAAAGCACCAUGAAGGCUAUUUGGUGGCUUACAAUUCUUCUUCUAAAUGGUAAAAAAAAUACUACAUCAUUCUUAUCCACAUUAUUAUUGUUAUUCAAACCUAGUUCCAAACAUUUGUAAUAACAUAGUGACAUUCACAUAGACAUCACAUUCAGAUUAAUUUUCACAAAACAAUUUAACCAAGAAGAAUGGAAAGUUCAACAUCAAAAGAAGAUGUUCUAAAGCCAGUGAUCCUCAAAGCUAGUAUUCCUUUAGCUGUUACUUUUGGUGGUUUAAUCUAUACAUGGAUCAAAGCAAAGAGAUGUUUAUCUAAGGCUCCUUCCUUAUCAACAAAUGAAGCGAUUUCUAAUGGCAACAAUUCUCAACAAGGUGAAGAAAGUUGCCUUAGCCUUGCUUCAAUGGAAGAAUAUGAAGGAGACAGUGCGUUUGGUGAGACAUCCGUGAUCCAUGAUUACAGUGAAAAUCCAUGUUUUGAGGAAGAGAUUAACAGCCUAAGAAGCCAGAUUGAAGGUAUGAAAAUGAAGGAAUUGGCCUUGAGGUUGCAGUUUGAUCAGUUUUGUGGCUUGAGAGAGCAAGAACUUGAGCUUGGAGAAAUCAAGAAUGCACUUUCGCUUGAGAUCGCCCGCAUCGGUUUCUUGGAAAGGGAGAUUUCAUCCAUGGAGGCAGAGCAUAAGAAGUUGGAGGAUUGGAGAUCGGAGAAUAAGUUGCUUCAGAAGAGGUUUAAGAAGCUGCAGAGGAGAUCGAUGGCGCAGUAUCGCAUUGUGAAGGAGCAGGCCUUGAUGAUCAAGGCAGAGGAAGCAGAAAUCUUGAGAUGCCAUGAUGAAUUGAGAAUGAAGGUUAACAUUAUUGAUGAAUUAGAGGAUGAAAUCAAGAAACUGCAAAGGGAAUUGGAUCAAUUGCAGGCUCACAAGAAUGAACUUCUUAAGAAGAUUGACACACUUGAAAGAUUACAUGCGUCUAAGAUUGAGGUAAGUAGGGAAGAUUACAACCAUGUUGUGGAUGAAUUGGACCAUGUGAAGAAGGAACAAGCAGAUGAAGCUAAAGAACUGAUUCACUUGCGUUGGACCAAUGCUUGCUUAAGGCACGAGAUAACAAGGCACCAUGACAACGUACAUCAGCAUCAGCACGGAGACAACAACAUAGAACUUGAACCUGGAGGAGGAAGCGAUAAUCAAGUUACUCAUUAUGACUCCGACCAUGAUCAAUCACAUGAUGAUGAUGGUUCAUCAUUUGAGCAUCACAGUGUUUCUCAUUUUGUUUCCUUUCGUCACGGCAAUAAUGGAACUCGUUCGAAAAGCGGAAAGCUGCUUAGAAGGAUAAAGAGAUGGGUUGAAGGCACUGAAACAAGCAAAACUUAGGAAAGCAAUAAGAACAUCAAGAUAAUAAGAUAUGGGUUUUGUUUGCGAGUGUCUAGGCACUUUACGUUGAAACCUUUUAUGGGAAAAGAAAAUAAACUUUGCAAUACAUAUGUUUGAAUAAUAGUUGCUAGCAGUGUAUCUCCAGGCACCAUUCAGUGUUUCCCUCCUUACAAUAAAAUAUGUUGGAAUAUGGUGUUUGAUGUGUAACACAGUAUGCAAGAGGAUCGGAGAUUUGACUACUA